UAAUACUAAAUGUCAGUAGUCACCUGAUCUAAUCACGUACAGUGUGCGCAAUGUCACUCAGAGAGUCACUUUUACAGUUCAGAAUAGGUGAGAUUCAAAAAGAGGACAGCAGGCAACAAUGGUGGAUAUAUUCGCCUUCAGUCCUACAACUGUGUUGCUGUGUGUGGCCGUGCUAGUUUUGUUAUGGCUGUUAACGCGGCGACCCUCAGGGCUCCCUCCCGGACCCCCUCUCCUCCCGUUUGUUGGGAAUGUCCUCUCCAUGGGCUCCGAUCCCCGGAUCACGUUUAAAAAACUCAGGCAACAAUACGGUGACAUAUUUUGUGUGUACAUAUUUCACAAACCACUCAUCGUCCUCAACGGCUACAGUACUCUGAAAGACGCCAUUGUCAAGAACGCCGACGUCUUUUCUGACAGGCCGCACUCACUCCUAAAUGACUUCCUUGCAAAAAGGAAAGGUUUGAUUGCAACCUCUGGUGAUCUUUGGCGCGAACAAAGACGCUUCACCCUCAACACUCUGAGGGAGUUCGGAGCAGGCAGAAAUAUCAUGGAGGACAAAAUACACGAAGAAAUCUCACAGUUUCUCGAGGCCUUCGAGACAGAACGGGGACAAGGGUUUGACUGCAAACGUCUGGUGCAAAAUGCAAUUUCCAAUAUCGUCUGCUCUACCAUUUUCGGAAAGCGAUUUGAAUAUUCUGACCCACGUCAUUAG